AUGAGCAAACGCUACGAGACGGUAAAACAUCUUGGAGAAGGUCAAUUCGCUAACGUCUACCUGGCGAAAGAUUUGGAGUCUGGCGAGAUGGUGGCUAUCAAAAAGAUCAAACUGGGAUCACGAGAAGAAGCGAAAGACGGAAUCAAUCGAACGGCUAUCAGAGAAAUCAAACUGCUCAAAGAGAUUCAUCAUGAGAAUAUUAUUACGCUCCGCGAUGUGAUUGGCCAUCGAACAAGCAUUCAACUGGUAUUCGACUUCAUGGACACAGAUCUCGAGCACGUCGUCAAAGAUCAUUCCAUCAUUUUGUCACCCGCCCAUAUCAAAAAUAUCACCAUGCAAAUGCUUUUAGGACUGGAAUUCUUGCAUGCGCAUUGGAUUCUUCAUAGGGAUUUAAAACCGAAUAACUUGCUUCUCAACAACAUGGGACGUGUGAAACUCACCGAUUUCGGUCUUGCUCGAUUCUUUGGCUCACCGAACAGAAAUUACACUCAUCAGGUCGUCACCAGAUGGUAUCGUGCUCCAGAAUUACUCUACGGCGCUCGUUCAUAUGGAGUUGGAAUUGAUAUCUGGUCGGUUGGAUGUAUCAUUGCGGAGCUGUUGUUGAGGGCUCCAAUCUUCCCCGGAGAGAGUGAUAUCGAUCAACUUGUCAAGAUUUAUAAUGUUCUUGGAUGUCCGACUGAGGAGAGCUGGCCGACGAUGAAGACUUUGAAUAGCUAUGUGUCGAUUAAACCCGACUCUGAAACACCCGGAUUGAAUUUCAUUUUCUCCGCCGCUCCCCAGGAUUUGAUUGACUUAUUGAUUGGAAUGUGGACGUUCGAUCCGGUGAAACGACUGACUUGUACUCAAUCACUGCAAAUGGAUUAUUUCAAAUCUCAACCGUAUUGUUGUCUCGACGAGGAACUCCCGCUUCCCAAUCAGAAACCGCCGAAACGAACGCGUCGUCUCGAGGAGGAUGGAUCGCAUCCGGCGAGACGAUUGAUCUUUGAAUAA